CUUAAUAAAACGUUAAAAUUUUUAUAUUUCUUCAAACAGUUGAAAAUGAACGAAUUAGCUAUCUGUAGUCAGUUCACUUCACAACGUUUAUAAUGUGGAAGAUAUUGUCGUUUUUCUAGGUUAAAACGUGUUUUAUUUAGAUAAUGCCUAUAAGUGUUUAUCAUUUUUCAACAGCAAAAAGGGACUUUAAACUUCAACUUUAAAUAACCAGUUUUCAAAAUUAAGAUAUAAUCCAUACUUUUUAAGGGUACCGUCCAGAAUCGGGCUUAGCCAGCUUUGAUAACAUUCUUUUUAACAGACCAAGAAAGUUAAUUUAUAAAUGUGAAAACAAUGUGAUUGUAUAUUAUAUAUUAGCUUCUCUAGGCCAUCAUUAGCUUCAGAAAUUGACUGACCAGCAGAAUGGUUCUAGUUACUGCAGUUCCUAGACCCUGGCUUGGUCUACAGCGAAAUGAAACAUCAUCUUCUUCAGUACUUCUUUCCUCCUCUCCCUCUUCAUACAGGUCCACCUACUCCAACUCACCUACUGCAACGCAUAGGAUUAGUUCAAGAUAUGGAAAAUCUCCAAAUAAAGACUCAGGAUACAAUAAACCUGUAGAUCGAUUUUCCCAGGUGUCAGCUAACCCUAGUACCAACCCAGCUUCAACUGCUGGACGACAGCUUAGAGAUGUCUUUAACUCUUCUCAGAAAAUUCAAAGUCUGGAAUCCAGUCUAAAACCGGUUCCAGAUUUUAUUUCGUUCCCUAAAUCCGGUCAAAAUCCAGAUUCGGAGAAUGCGAGAGACUAUCAUAAACCAGUUCCAGAUCAAGAAUCCAUUUUUAAUAUGAUUCAAAAUCCGCAAAAUUCGGCAUCCGGUCUGAAACUAGUUCAAGAUCCUCAUUAUCCAGGAUUCCAUCAUAAUCCGGAUCUAGAGCAUUUACAUCCGGAAUCGGAUGAAACACUUGUUACAAAGCUUCCAUACCCGGAAAAUAAACCAAGAUUUGUCGAAAGUUCAAAAAUGAAACCACGUGUUGUAAAAACUGGUUUCUCAGAAUUGGAAACUAACCAGAGAGAGAAUUUUCGGUAAGUUUCCUGGCUUAACAGAAAAUCUGGGAACAAUUUAGGAGUUUUUUUUUGUUGGAUUAAGGGAUUGUUCAUAUUUUUUUGGAAGAUGCAGAUAAUUCCAAUCUUAUUUUUACUCCAAUCUUUUUAUUAUUGUUCAAAGCAUGUUCCCAUGAAUUAAGUAAUUUUCGUCGAUCCUUUCUGUUGAAAUAAUCAUUGUUUUUAAUGCCAGGGAAAACAGUAUUGAUACGUAAUUAAAUUACGAAAAAUGUUUUUUAAAUCCUCAAAAGAAAUUCAGAGUUUUCUAGAAAAUAUCUC